AUGUGGCAGCUGUUUGCAGAGGUAAACAACGAUGUGCAAGGUGUGGCGGUGAGCAUGAAUAUGGCAAAUGCGGACAAGGAGUUAACCCAAAGUGUUGUAAUUGUGGAGAAGAACAUAGUGCGGGUUAUGGAGGAUGUCUUUCAUGCAGGUGCACUGGAGAAGAGAUUGACUUGGAUUCAAGCUCACAAGUUCUGCCAGAAACAUGGAGCUCAGCUUGCCAGCUUCAGUACGCCAGAGGAAGAGACCUAUGUCUUCCAGAUCCUCCAUGAGGCUUUCGGGGAGGCAGAGGAUCAUGAGCAGCACUGGCUGUGGAUCGGAAUUUCCCGCAGGAAUAGUGACAGUUGGACAUGGGGUGAUGGAUCAGCUGUGACGUAUCAGAACUUUGGCAGGGGGAAUUAUGGGUCUGCUGAGUGUGGAGCAGCUAACAUGGCUGACACCAACUGGCUGGUAUCACACUGCGAGUCUGAGCUAGACUGGAUCUGCAAAAUACCGAAAGGGAAGGUAGAAGAGGAACCUGAGAGCCAUGAAGACACUGGUUUAGAGUGGGUUGAUUUUGAGGAGGCCCAGUAUAAAAUGUUUGAACAUCGCUCCACGUGGGACCAGGCUCAGAGGAUCUGCUCCUGGUUCGAAGCCUCCCUGGUCUCCAUGCACUCUCCUAAGGAGAAUCAGUUUUUGGUUAGCACUUUACGCAAGAUGUCCCGCAAAGAAAAUGACCUACGGUGGAUUGGUUUACACAGUUUUAAGAACGACGGGAGAUUAAGGUGGUCUGAUCAUUCUGUGCUCAAUUAUGUGUCCUGGGGACUAGGACAGCCUCGACCAAUUAGCAAAGAGCCCAAAUGUGUCCAAAUCUCCGCCUCAAAAGGUGACUGGUCAGACCAGAGGUGUCACAUCGAUCUGCCAUAUGUGUGUAAGAGGGUGAAUGUGACGGGUACUAUCCCUCCCACACCUGCUCCUCCUCUCAUACCUGCCGGCUGCCCCCAGGGCUGGAGUCCUUUUCUACACAAGUGUUAUAAGGUGUUUGGAGAAGAGCUGUCGAGUCGUAGCACUUGGGAAUCUGCAUCCAAGACGUGUCUGACACAUAGAGCCACACUAGUGACAGUGUCAAACCACAGGGUUCAGGCAUUCCUUGUGACUCUGCUGCCCAACAGCAGUUUCCAUGUGUGGAUGGGGCUCACUUCAGAAUCACAGGCUCAGUUCAGGUGGUUUGAACCUGGCUUGCUUAGCUACACUAACUGGGCCCCUGGAGAACCAGUGGACAACAGACAAAUGAAAAGCCCGGGUAACUGCAUAGUGCUUCUCCAUGGUAAUCCUCCCCGAAUGAUGGGCAUGUGGGCGUCUCGCAGGUGUGAUGCAGAGAAACACGGCUUCAUCUGCAUGAAAGAUAAAGACCCUGCCUUGCCCCCUGGUGUGGACUCUCUUCCCCCAUCAUUAGAUGGCCCAUUAGAAUUUGAUGGCGUGCAGUACCGGAUUUUGCAGAAGCCUCUGAACUGGCGUGGAGCACUGUAUUUGUGUGACUCCAUUAAUGGAACACUGGCAGCGGUACGGGAUCCUCGGCAGCACGCCUACCUCAUCCUCCUCCUCAGCACGUUCCGCAAACCCUCCUGGAUCGGACUACACAAUGACGGGGCUCGGAGCUACACAUGGUUGGGUGAAGAGGAGCUCACAUUCAGUGACUGGCGGGAUGGAGAGCCUAAUCAAAUGUAUGGAUGUGGUCACAUGACCGUUGAGGGCCAGUGGACUGUGGCUGCUUGUAAUACAAAAUUAAACGCCAUCUGUGAAAUUAACAAGGAGAGAACAAUAGACCACAGGUGGAUGUAUCCGGGUUUUUGCCCAGAGCCUGUUGGUAAUUGGUCCUGGGUUCCUUUCAGAAAUCACUGCUACUCGUUCAUCCUCCACGAGCUGCAAUUUAAACAUGAGGCCAUACGCAUGUGUAACAAAGUGGGAGCUAAGCUGUUGUCAAUAUUAGAUGAAAACGAGAACAGUUUUGUAUGGGAGCACAUGCAAAGUUUUCAACAACAGGCCCACGGCGCUUGGCUUGGAAUGAUCUUUAACUCCAAAGAAGGCAGUCUGGAGUGGUCAGACAUUCAAGUAGUGGACUACAGUAACUGGGAGCAGCAGGACGCUAAUCUGAGCAUGCUGUCUGCCAACAGCUGCUUCUGGGUACAGAGCAACACAGGCCUCUGGAGGGGUCCUGGGUCCUGCAAAAACCGCACACAUGGAGUCAUCUGUAAACAACCACGAGGAACCACAGCAGAGCCUGUCGUUCAUUCUGUGGUCGACCAUCUCCAUGUAUUAAUUCAGGUCCUGGUUGCAGCACUCAUUCUGAUUGCUCUGGUGGUGGGAGGGAUUUAUCUGUAUCGUAGGCGGAGCUUCGGCUCCACGGGCGCCUACGAGAGUGCUCGGUACAGCCGCACUAACUCCGCCCCCUCCGAAGAAGCUGAAAAAAACAUUCUCGUUUCAGGCAUGGAGUUAAACGAACAGGGCGAAUAAUGCUGGAUAUGUUCAAACUGAUUCAAAACACCUAGGAAAACAAAUCUGCUAUGGCAGCAACUGACAGAGAAUUUAUGUUUAAAGAAAAAAAAGAGCUGCGGUUUUGUUGUUGUGUUUAUUUUUUCCAGAGACAUUGAGAGAGCUGUGUAGAGCGCAGCAUAUAAUAUCAACCAAAAUCAACAGAGGCAAAACUCGUUUACAUCCAUUUAAGCCUGUCAACCAAUCAAAUUCCACCAUCUCAGAUGAGCUGUUUGGAUUGGCUAGUGUGGAAGAUUGUUUUUUGUUAGUCCGGUUUGGAAAUUCAGUUUAUAUGCAUAUUUUUUUCAUGUCAUAGUUAUUCUUUAGUGCCAAAAGGGAUCAAAGUCCCCCCAAAUAUCACAUUGACUUGAACUUCC